GGCAUGACAAAAAGGUGGCGGGAUCAAGCAGUCGCAUUCAUUCAUGGCAGUCUUAAACUCGGUGCGGAGUGAGAAGUGACUUAUUUUUUGGACAGUUUGUGUUUUAGUGGGUGUGAGUCUGGAUUCUUGGCUGUGUGGCUUACUUUGUGUUGUUGCAGUGACAAAGUCAGCUCCAGUGAGAACGUGAAGAACGACUCUACGAUGGAGGACUUCCUCACCAAUCAGAACCACACGCAUCUGAUAGAUAAGGGGGUGCUCUCCUCUCAACUUCUUCCUCUUCGCUUAUCUUCUCCUUCACCAGGCUGUCGUCCAUCAGAUCAGACCUACCGACUGGCAGCUAGCAUCUUCCAUCAGCUGCACAAACAGAGACCACCCAUGCAACAACUACUGCAUUAUGGGAAAAAGAUGGAUAAUCCACUGCCGGAGAGCAAAGACGAAAUCACACAGAGACAGGCUUAUCAGCUUGCCUUCAACACACUCAAAUACCAAGAUUUACUGGAGGACAUGGUGAUUGACAGCUGCUUCCACACCUCUCAGCAUAUUCCCAGCGACUUGUUGCCACUGGUGAUGGUGAUGCUGUUUGACUUCCAGGACCAAAUGUUUUUGGUCCAAGAACGCCCCGCAAAGGAUGUGCAGGAGUGUGUGCAGGAAGUCAGAGACCUUGAGCGCAUGCUGCACAGGUGUAAGACCAAACUGGCAGCAUCUCUGGCUCGUUGCAGAGUGACACAGAGUUUGCAAAGCAUCUCCUGUGUGCUACCGGAACCCGUCAGGACCAAACAUCGCAGAGCAAAGCUUCUGCCACUCUUUGCGUGGGUCAAUACUCUCAAAAACAGUGUUGAUGAAGUGUGUGAAGUGCUGCGAAGCGUUGGCUUGUGUGAGACAAGGAACAUCUGUGAGCUCAGAGAGACUUCAUUCUGCAGGGAUCUUCUCUGUCCAGACACACUGGUGUUCUCCCAGCAUGCUCUGCUGCAGCACAGAGGCCUCGCCAUUGCACACAAACUGAACAUACAAGACAGGAGUGUGUGUUUGGCAGUGAGUGCGUUGCGCCCCCUGUUGACUGAAAACAGUGGCGUCCUGGUGGCCGGGGCCUUCUCCGCCUUGACAGCGGCUCACAUCGCUUUGACAGCCGCUACGAGCUCAGCCCGGGUGUUACUAUGUGGCGGCGAUCACACACCUUUACAAGUGCAGGAGAUAAAAGGACUCCUCGCACAAGUGGAAGCCAAAAAUGUGAAAAUCUUACCUGAAGGAUUCACUGAUGUGAGAGGGUGGGACGCCGUCGUUCAGAGUGUCAAGGUCAUUAUUGUGCUGCCUCAGUGCUCAUCUUCUGCCCUUAACGACCCAGUACCCACAAUUCAUAGUGAACACGGAGACUGGAAUCUGCUGCAGGACUUGUCUUGCGGCUCUGUAUCAGAGAACAAAAUGCAAACCCUGACCACACAACAGGGACGACUGCUCGCCCACACUCUCACCUUCUCAAAUGUCCAGACUGUGCUUUACUGCACACGUUCGAUGUAUGAAGAUGAAAAUGAGCAGCUGGUGAAGAGAGUAUUAGAUAAGGCACGCACCCACUCCAAACUCCUGCCCUUCAGGCUGAGUGGUCCAGUUUUCUCCAAUGAAUCCCAGAUGGGAAGACAAACAGAUGGUUUCUUCAAACUCGAACCAUCCAAGUGCACCAACGGCUGCUUCAUCGCCCGGCUGACCAGACAGGUGGAUCCUUCUCGUGUAGAAACGGUUCAGGAAGUACUCGCAAGGGCAGCGGCAAUGGGCCUCCUGGGGGAAAUAACUGCUAAGGAGCAAUCCAAAAAUGCUAAAAAGGUUAGAAGUAAGAAGAAAGGUACAUCAAAAAUAACCAGAAAAAUUGUAUCUGGUUCCACUGGAGAGACACCAGAACAGACAGAAAAGCAAGAUGGACAAGACCUGGAAACGGACUGCAUCCUUCCAAUUGGACAUUUAGCCCUCAAAGAACAUCAGGAAGGUGACGUGGACCUCAAGGGUAGAGAGGAAGAAGAGGACGUUAACACAGAGGAAGGCCAGGGAGGAAAUGAAAGAAGGAAGAAGAGAGGACAUAAAAAACAAAAGCACAAGCUCAAACGGCGCUCAAAGCAAUCUCACCAAAGUGGCACAGCCUCCAUGCAUCAUACUAAAAGUCUCCUGAAGAAGCUAAGAAAAAGCAAGGUCAACCAACAUCACAACAAGCAAAUAAAAAGCAAAACCAAGAAGUUGCCUCCCGUUACGCUGCCACUAGCAUCCUCUGACAAAGCCUCCCAUCGCGCCACUCCAGCCUCAUUGGAUGUGGACACGUUCAACAACGCUUCGCUCAAGAUAAAGUCACAGAAAGCCGUAUCUGGAAAGCCACUUUUUCCAGUCCGUCCUGGUCUUGUUCUCCAAACCACGUCUGAUCGGGUACGGAGGCAGAAUACAGAGUCUGAGACAGCAAAGAAGAAAAUAUUGAAUGGUGCAGCUGAACCCAAAAGGCCCGUUAAAGCCCAAGGAAAGGUUGUUGCACAGGAGGAGGUGCAGACAAAGCCUGUUGACUUUGUCCUGCCUCCCAUUACUUCCCUGACCUCCUGCUCUCAAAGCAGCAGGAGUGGGUUUGGCUCCACAACUUUGUCACGGGCCUCCUUCUCCGUCUUUUUGUCAAGUUCAGACAAACUAGACAAUGAAGCAAACUGAUU